AUGUUUUCCGUGGCCUCGUUACAGCCUGCCAUGCAGAUCAACGCCACAGCCGUACACUCCUCAAUCUCAUGUUCACAAAGCACACCAGCAGCAUCACCAUGGACUCCAUCACCUGAGUACAUCUGCAACAGGGUGCACUCGACGGCCAACUACAAGUUACGCCUGGAAGCCUCUCGCAACGAGCCACGGUUAGGCAAACUCCUCGGUCAUAUUUUUGUCUACGAUGCCAUCCGCGAAUACAAGCAGUCACAGGCUCAACAAUCACUAUAUACUUCUUCACCAGCAGCCCGCCGGCGCGAGCAGCAGCUCCGCCGCCGACAAAUGAGCGAAGCCAGCCGCCUAUCACAGAACCUCACCGCCGUCACCGAAGAAGACAGCGACAGCACACCAGCGUCACCGGAUAAUGCCGCCGAUAUCAAGGAAUACCUCUCACAGGCCACCGUGCCCCCCACCAUCCCACAGUCGCACUCGUAUGACAUCGCAUCCUUCCAGCAAGCCAUCGCCUACCAGCUGGCAACACUCUCACAAGUUCGCCUGGAGGCGGCAUCUCGCCAGCUCUAUCACAUGACGCAGGAUGACGACGACGCGGACGAGGUGGCUGUGGAGGAGUACGAGAGCGACCACGACGACAGCGACGACUCCAGUGACUAUGACAGCUACGACGGCGACGAUGACUGGCGCGCGGAUGACUUGGUCUUCGAUCGAGACGAGGACCGGGAUGACGAUGAUCAUCACGACAGCGACACUGACCCGGAAAGCGUCAACAGUGAGCCGCCCAGUCCGAUCACCGAAGAGCCUAUGCUGGCAGGUGAGGGCGAGGGCAAGGCACCGCAGCUGCACAUGCAGACGCAGCUGACGGGUGGGUGCUACUUCCUCCCGCUCCGGCCGCUUCCUCCAUCACGGCGAACGGGCAGUGCUUCUCCUGCCACAGGGGGCGAAGGGCGGUCACUUUUCGCCGCGCUCUCAGAGCUGUCUUGA